CUACACUGGUUCACAAACCUUGCACUGAAACACUAGACAGCAUGAGGGCUAAGCUGAACAAGGUGCUUGCUGUUGCAGGGAUGCUUUUAUUAAUUUCCACCAUGACGGUGCAGUUGGCUCCAGUUUCUGACAAUCAGAAACCACUAGUUCAGCGGAUUAAGAGAUCAAUGCUUUGGCGCUGGAUUACUCAGAGACCCAAUGGUGCAACUUGCAGGGUGGAUGCUGAAUGCAUCACCAAUUACUGUGCAAUUCAGGAUACGAUUUCAAUAUGUUCAUUACAAACAUUCUCAGCCUAAGCCAGUGGACAAGAAGGUCCAAACAUCAUUAUUUUGAAGUAAAGAAACCACGCUUUGGAAACUACUCAUUUUCACUCUUCCAAAAAUGAUCUUUGGAUUCAAAACUACUUCACUUCCCUGAAAGUCAAGGAAAUCUCUAGCCACAGAAGAAGAAUACUGACGGCAUAAUCACUCAGUGGCCUGAGGUGAUUUUGAGAGUGAUUCUAACACAUACUGUGGAAAUUGCUGAUUUGCCACAACCUACUGGAUGAUCUUGUACUGUGAAACUGUACAGGCAUAUUUGUAUGAUUAAAGUGCACACAUUAAAUAGCA